AUGGCCGACACAGUACCGGCAAAGCUCAGGAGCUUGCAGCUCGCGUCCUUUGCGAAGCGCGCCGCUCAGCUUGAGAAGUUCAAGCCCAUCAUCACGUAUUGGUUGCGCUUCUACAUAGUUCAACGAAUCAUUGCCGGUGGACUGCACUCGGCUGAUCAGGAAUGUACCGCCUACACGACCGAUCUCAUGGAGAAGCUGGAGCAAGCAAAGGCCGAGAACCCGAACGAGGAUGCUUUGUUGGAUGACACGGUUGCGAGCGCAUACUGUGAACAGUUUGCUCUACAGACUCUCGCCAAAGCAGAGAGGGAGAUGGCCGAGAACAGGGUCAAUGGGCAGACCGCUGAUACCCUCCUCGCGGCAUCGACCUUCCUCGAGGUCAUGUCGGUAUGGAAGAAUAACGACCCCGAGAUCACUUCCAAGACCAAGUUCGCCAAAUACCAUGCGCUGCGCAUCGUCAAGGCCAUCAAGGCCAACGAAGACCCGAACGCGACGAAUCCCAGACAAGAAGCACCACAACAGGCCAUGUCGCCGUCUGCGCUAGAUCCAAAUGAUCCAGAAGUACGGAGCAUAAACCAGGGCGCGCCACCAGAGAACCCAUACCAACCAUACGUCGAGACGGUGCCCAAUACUACUCAGCCAUCGCCCAGUCUGUCUGCGCGCCAAGUGUCGCCGCCAGCUCCCAAUCUCCCUUCCGCGCCCACGGGUUACAACCAAUCAUCGCACAACGAUGUCUCGCCCAUGUCACAAUCAGCAACCUCAAGGCAGGGCUCCGUCGUCUCAAUCGGCGGCGGAUACUUUCCAAAGACCGACCCUCCUACCUUCACAUCAGAGACAACUGCGCCCGGGCUACCUACCGCGCCCAUGGACGUCGACCCUAUGACAUCUUCCUUACCAAACAGCCCUGCACCACAAGUUCCAGAAGCGGCAGACCCUGCAAGCUUCUACCAGAACCCUACGUCUCCUCCACCCCAAGCCCCCGAGCAGCCACCUCAAAACCCAUACCAAUCACCUCCACCACCCCAAGUGCCUCAGAAGCCACAGAGACUGUCCUCAAGCUUCACAGUCACUCCACAACAAUCUCAGAACGUUUUUACAUCGCCCGUGGUGUCCCAGCAACAGCACCAACAACAAAACGUUUCCUCGCAGCCCCUUCAGCAACAAUACUCGUCGACAUCUCACCAGAAUCCGUACGCCCAAGCACCAGGACCUCCUCCACAGCAGCAGCUGUCAUCGCAGGGUCCGUUCAGGGACGAUGAAGAUUCCAUCAUGGCAGCCACAAAGCAUGCGAAGUGGGCUAUUUCAGCGUUGAAUUUUGAAGACUCCACAACGGCUGUCAAGGAGUUGAGGGCAGCACUACAGGCUUUGGGUGCGGCUUGA